AAAGCAACAUUUUGUUGAAUAAGCUCUUUGAACUGAUCAUCAUUGUUAUGAAUAAUAUUAAUUGAAUCUGUUUUUUUCUUUAUGUUCUCGGAUUUAAAACAAUAUGAUAUGUAGAAGUGUUAUGAUCUGGAACUUGGAUUUCAUGAGGCGCUGAAGCAGUACAGAUUUUAGAUCAUCGGGAUACCCCUAUAAUAACGAUUUCAACAUAUACCUUGUCGAAUUCAAACACUACAUUUAAUAAAGGCAUACUGCACGCAAAGUCUUUUCGGAUCACAUUUUUAGUAGUAUACAGAUUGUUUUUUUGCUGAGUAGUAUCUAAGCAUAUGAUACAUGCAUUGGAUCUAGAUACACAUGUAUAUAAACCAAGUUUUCAAUAUGGAUGAAAAUUACAGUAUAGUGAUACAGACUUGUUGAAUUAUUGAACUGCUUUUUUUAAAGAUUAUAAUUGAAGAGCAUUUCAAACAUCUCUGUUCAAUGGUUCACGUGUGCAACAAUGAGUGGAACAAUAUCACCAGUGUUUCUAAUAUUGCUUUGCCAGUUUGGAUUAUCGAUGCAGGCUUGUCAAGAGUGCAUGUGUUGUAAGGAUCCCUCAUUUACAUGUGGCUCAAAUAACAAGUGUUUAACAGGAUGCAUAGAUGGUUAUUACACGGAGAAAUGCACAAAACAAUGUCUGGAUAACUGUAAAACCUGCGUUAAUGGUAAUGAAUGUACAAACUGUAAAGCUGGUUUUUAUACUAACAAAUGCACUUUAUCAUGUGGUAAAGGUUGUGUUAAUAACACAUGCAAUAUAUUGUCUGGUGAAUGCGCUUGUUCGGGUAAUAAGUAUGGUGUUAAAUGUAAUGAAACAUGCCCUAGUAACUGUGACACUUGCAUAUCAGCCACAGAAUGUUCAAGGUGUACAAACACGGUGUUUUACGGAUCAUAUUGUCAGUAUAGAUGUUCAGUUGGUUGUGUCGAUGGAACAUGUAAUAAAGGAACAGGGCAUUGCAUGAACGGAUGUAAAUCUGGUUAUAUUGGUGAUAGAUGUGACACAUGCUCACAUGGAAUUCAUGGUAAGGAUAACAAUUGUGAUUUAAAUUGCCCGGACAAUUGUUCUGCUUGUGUUUCGGCGACAAACUGUACCGAAUGUAAGACCAGCCUUUACGGUGAAAGAUGUACAAAUACUUGUCCAUCUGGUUGUAAUGGAAAUUGUUCACGUACUGAUGGUCGAUGCUUUGAGUGUAAAUCGGGAUUUGUCGGGAAAUUUUGUGACACAUGUAUAAAUGGAUCAUAUGGAGUUAAUUGUUCCAGAUUGUGCCAUGAAAUAGACCAACAUUGCCAAGUGUGUAACACAAAUAAAUCAGGUAUUUAUCAGGGUUGUACGAAAUGUGACAGUAAAUAUUACCUAGACAUACCUUUUGGAUAUAACCAUAGUAUAUGUAAAGAUUGCGCAAAAAACUGUGAAGUUUGUGACCAACACACUGGGACAUGUUAUGAGUGCAAUCAUAAUGUAUUCUCACAUAAUUGCUCAAACAUCUGUAGCACUAAUUGCAAUAAUACCGGCAAUGGCCGAGUCUGUACACUGGAUACAGGGAAAUGUCUACAUGGAUGUAAAUUACUGACCAAUUACGGGGAAUAUUGUAAGAAAAAUUGUAGUGAAGCUUGUAACAAUAAAGGUUGCGACUGGACAACGGGACAUUGCUCAGAAGGAUGUGCAAUAAACUACUACGGAUUGUUUUGCAACAAUACAUGUGCUGCUACAUGUCAGUCGAAGAAUGAAAACAACCGUACAUGUGAUGAUGUUAGCGGAAAUUGUUUGUUUGGAUGCAAAGACGGAUUCUAUGGCGAAAAAUGUGACAAUAAAUGCAGCAGUCAAUGUGUAAAUGUAACUUGUGACAAGGUUACAGCCGAAUGUCUGUAUGGAUGUACUGACGGAUAUGAAGGACCGAAAUGUGGUCUGGCUAUCAAAGGUGAUGAAUCGGAAGAAAAGAACUCACUUGUCAUUAUUGCAGCAUCUGCCGGCGCUGGUGUUGCUGUUAUAGUCUUGCUGGUGAUUUUAGUAAUUUGUAUUAUAAAACGGAACCGAAGACAAAAAUUAUCUUCCAAUACAAAAUGUGAAGAAAACGAUUAUGUACUUGAUAUGAAAGAUAUUCAAAAACAAACUGACGAACCAGGUGUUAUAUACGCCAAGCCUUUCAAACCAAAACAGGAAGCUGGAGGUGAUGUCGGGAAAGAAUAUGAAACUGCAUAUGACGGUGAUAAAAAAAUACCUGCUAUUGACAAUGGCUAUACUGCGGUAAACAUAGGAACAUCUGCAAAUGAGAAAAGUAAGAGUUUUGAGGUUUGUGAUAUUGCACACGAUAACAAACCGUUAAGUGGCAACAAUGAUUAUGCUGUGGUAAACAAAGGGAAGUCGACUGUGAAAGAAAACGAAUGUUUUAAGGACGUAUAUGAUACAACGCAUGACAACAAAAAGAACAAACAACCUUUAAGUAGUAAUAAUGAAUAUGCCGUACUAAGUGUAAGAUCUGACAACACUAAAGGCUUCGGCAAAUCAAACCUGACACAACCAGAUGAUGUUUACGACUCUGCAGAAGGAGGGAAACACAAAACAAUGUCUCAUCCAAGCAACGAUUAUGCUGUAUUUAAUUCCAACAAUGGGGAUAAGCAUGGAAAUGACAAAGCUAAUACAUUAUAUGACACUGCAACCGAAAAGAAAAUGCGACCAGGAAACAAUGACUAUGAUUUUUGUGAACUACAUACUGACUAAUCAUUGACAAAACAUUAUUUACUUGAUAGAAUUAUCAAAAAUUCUUUACGUGUAUUAAUCACAAAAAAGUCUACAUUUUAAGCUUAACUACGUUGAAUUCGAAUUUCGAACGGUGUUGAUUUUUUACUUGUUAGGCUAAUUUUAUACGCUGAAUAUUGCUUUAAAUUUUAAAUAAUUUGUAUGAGUUUACAUUCUGUGAUUUUACCUAUAAACUUUUCUCAUAUAUUGUAUGUUAGAAAUGAUUGAUUCAGGAAUAAAACAUUAGUUGCUAGGGUCUUUAUAGAUAUUGAUAUGCCACUAACGUUUAUCUUAAGUGAAGCUUUAAGGGAGAAUGCUUUGGUUGAGCUAUUUAAGUCUUUUCUUGCAAUGUUCUACAGCAUGUGCAUGUUUUUUCCCCAAAAAUAAAUCGAUAAUACACAAUGUUAUAAACAGACGAUUUUAUAGAAAACAAUGUUACACAAUUUUAGUUAAAACAUUAUUCAACAUGAUUUACAUUUUUGAUAAUCUUUAAAAUGCAUAGUAUUACAUUAAAUUGUAUUUUAUGAGCUGUAUAAAGUUUUAACUCUAACUUUGGAAGGAAAACUAUUUCUCUGAACAACACUAAUAACGAGUAUGUAUAAUAUGAUAGAAUUUGAAUAAAUGUUAGUGUUUUUUUUUCUAUCACGUAUUAUCGUUAUGAAUAUAAUUUAAUUAAAAGAUGUGGAUUAUAUCAUUGUAGAUCUUACAUGUAUGAAAACAAAUUUGUAAUGUUAUUACUAUUUUACCUUGUUUGAUGUCUUUGAAAGAUAACGAAAUUAUUAAAUGGUACAUGUACAUCUAUUUUGCCCAUAAAAUUUUAAGUUGCACAAACAAUUAUGAUGAAAAUCCGUAAAAUAGUUGCACACUAGUGAAUUAUUGUCCUGAUUUUUGUGUCGCCUCUACGGAGUAGUGGCAACAUAUAGGGAUCACUUCUCCGUCGUCUUUCUGUCCGUCUGUCCGUCUGUCUGUCCGUCUGUCCGUCACAAAACUUGUCCGGACUACUCCUCAUAAACUACUGGUGCAAUUUCAUCCAAACUUUACAGGAAUGAUUAGUACCAAGUCUAAUUGUGCAUAUUGUCAGCAUUUUCCGGUUCAAUGAUUUUUGGCAGAGUUAUGGCCCUUUAAUUAUUUUUAUUUUUAAAGUUUGUCCGGACUACCUCUCUUAUACCACUAAAGCAAUUUCAAUGAAACUUUACAGGAUUGAUCUGUAGCUCAAGUCCUUGCGCAUAUUGCACGGGUUUUCCGGUUGAAUGAUUUUUGGCCGAGUUAUGGCCCUUUGAUAAAAAGGUUUUUUUUUCUGUGUGUUGCCAGAUACGCAAAAGCUUGUCCGGCCUACUCCUCAUAAACUACUGGUGCAAUUUUAUCCAACUUUACAGGAAUGAUCAGUACCAAGUUUAGUUGUGCACUGUCCGUCUGUCUGUCCGUCUGUCACAAACUUUGUCCCAACAUGAAAUUGGCCAUCAUGAGGCGACACAUGUGAUUACUGAUCGCUCUUGUGAUAAUAUGUCUGCAUGUUAGAAAUUGCAUGUAUAUUGAACUGUUAUAUAAGAUUGUCUCAGAUAAUAAGCAUAAUAUCUUACAUACAUCGUUUUUAAGCCCUCAGUACGAGUAUUUGCGGUAUCUAAAAGUGUUUUAGUGGUUAGUAGAACAAUAAGAUUACAAUAAAACGAUUCAUUACUAUCACAAGUUUUACUUAUUUCAUGAUUAUUGUUGUAUAUAUAGAGGAUAUAUGUUUGUUUUGAAUGUAAGAUUGAAAUAUAUUUCACUGAGUGAACUUCAGAUGAAAAAAUAUCAUAGCUGGUGUUCACGAAUGAAAUAUAUUUCAAUUUUAUAUGUAAAACAACUACAUUUUCUUUUUAUUGUAUGCUUUUUAAGUGAUUUUAUGUAUUUAUUUUACUGAUUUUGCCGCAUAACGUCGUGCAUUCUCCUUAUGACAUAAUCACAUCAUGACGUCACAUCAUCAAUUUUGAAAUAUAGUUCUGUUAAACUUUCUUUAAUUUUGUUAUAUUUUUAACAUGAUGUAUGAUGACAUCCACUUUCUUUUCCUAAAGAUGCAAAGUUUACAUAUGAUGGCAUUUAUUUUUACCUGUUUUUCCAUUUAGUUAUGAUAUUCUUUUCAUAGGCAUUCAGAUAUAGUCCGGCUACAGUGAAAAUUAUAUUUAUAAAUUUCACUAGUGGUUUAUCAGAAUAUAAUCAUCUGAUAUAUCACAGUAAAACACUGGAAAGCAUGAAAUAAAUCUAUAUCUUUAAUCAUUCACAGCUACACAUUACAAUAAAUCCGAAUAAUAAAAUGUUACAAUGU